UGCACAAGCAACCACAACUAUGGCCCCAACAACCACAACUGCAGCACCAACCACAACAACUGCAGCACUAGCCACAACCACAGCAACAAUAACUGCUGCACGAACCACAACAACUGCAGCACCAACAGCAACAACUGCUGCAUCAACAACAAGUGCGGUACCAACCACUACAACCGCAGCACCAACAACCACAACCACAGCAACAACUGCUGCACAAGCAACCACAACUAUGGCCCCAACAACCACAACUGCAGCACCAACCACAACAACUGCAGCACUAGCCACAACCGCAGCAACAAUAACUGCUGCACGAACCACAACAACUGCAGCACCAACAGCAACAACUGCUGCAUCAACAACAAGUGCGGUACCAACCACUACAACCGCAGCACCAAUCAGCACAACCUCAGCAACAACCACAACUGCAGCACCAACCACAACAACUGCUGCAACAUCCACAACAACUACAGCACCAACAACCACAACUGCUUCACCAUCCACAACAACUACAGCACUAACAACCACAACUGCUGCACAAACCACAACAACCGCUGCACCAAUCACCACAAAAUCUUCUGCACCAAUAACCACAACUGCUGCACCAACAACCACAAGUGCUGCACCAACUACAACAAGUGCUGCACCAAUCACCACAACAACUUCUGCAACCACAACUGCAGCACUAACCACAACCACCGGAACAACAACAACUGCUGCACCAAUCACCACAACAUCUUCUGCACCAACAACCACAACUGCAGCACCAACCACAACAACUGCUUGCGGUACCAACCACUACAACCGCAGCCCCAACAACCACAACUGCAGCACCAACCACUACAACUACAGCACCAAUAACAACUGCUGCACCAACAACCAAAACUGCUGCAGCAACAACAAAUACGGCACCAACCACUACAUACACAGCACCAACAACCACAACUGCUGUCCCAACAACCACAACUGCAGAACCAGCCACCACAACUUCUUCACCAACAACAACCGUAGCACCAACCACAACUACAGCACCAACCACUAA